GGAUGACCAGGGAGGGAGGGAUGUUCUCUUGAUAAGUGCGUGAAUUUGACCAUUUUCCUGUCCUGCUAAAUUUGAGUGUACUUCUCGCGGGAUUCGUGUGUGAACUAAUCGGAGCGGAAGUACAAUGAAGGUCUCUUUUCCGCCGGCCACAGAGGAGUUAUCGGCAGGCCAUCAACAUGAAGCUGAAUCCAUUUGUGACAUCCUCGCGGCGUAAGAACCGCAAGAGGCACUUCAAUGCCCCCUCACACAUCCGGAGGAAGAUCAUGUCCUCCCCCCUCUCCAAGGAGCUCCGUCAGAAGUACAAUGCGAGGUCCAUGCCCAUCCGCAAGGACGACGAAGUCCAGGUUGUCCGUGGACACUACAAAGGCCAGCAGAUUGGCAAGGUAGUGCAGGUCUACAGGAAGAAGUACGUAAUCUACAUUGAGCGUGUGCAGAGAGAGAAGGCCAACGGAACCACGGUGCACGUCGGCAUCCACCCCAGCAAGGUUGUAAUCACCAGGCUAAAGCUGGACAAGGAUCGCAAGAAGAUCCUGGAGCGCAAGGCUAAGUCCCGCGCUGAUGGAAAGGAGAAGGGCAAAUACAAGGAGGAAACCAUUGAGAAGAUGGCAGAGUGAAAAUCUAUUGCUUACAAUAAACUGCUGUACAAAUCAA